ACAGACGCUACCACCCAGAGUGGACCUCACCAUCACCCAGCCUCUACUUGCCAAUUCCCACCAGCUGCCCAGCAUGGCUCCCGAUGGCGGUCAUCAUCACCGAUCGACGCUGAAGCAGAAGAACAAGACGUUCAAGGCGCGUCAUUCGACAAAGUCCUCCAUCAAGAAGCUCGCAAAGGGAAGACCAGCCUCAGUAGCCUCCACCACGUCCACCUCGACCACUGCAAAGUCCGGGCAUGGCAAUGGCGUCACUCGCAAGAACCAUGCAAAGCAGAUGCAGCUUGCAAAGAGGGAGGCACUGAAGAAGGUUGAGGACAUGUUCGUCAAGAAGGGCGUCCCAAAGGUGGUCAGCGUACUAGAGCUCACCCCCGAUGGAGACGCCUGGGAGGUGUGCAGGACACUCGAGGCUCACAAGGGCGUAGAGCCGAUAGACGGUCAUGAUGUCGCUACAGUACUCAAAGAAGGCAGGGAGUCAUGCAGGAUACGAAUCCCUCGCCCUUCCACCACCUUGCAGUUCCUGCCUCUGCCGUACGGCUCCCUCUAUCCCUCACUCUCCGCCGUAGCAUCUUCAGACUUCGUCAUUCUCCUCCUCUCGCCCUCACAAUCCAUCGAAGAAGGGUCCUGGGGCGAGCUUGCCCUUCGCAUCCUCCACGCUCAGGGCAUGCCAGAGGUCCUGGCCGUAGUGCCCACCCUCUCCGAGGGAAGCAAUGCAGAGAAGACGAGCAUCCGGAAAUCGCUCGCAUCUUUCAUCAGAUACUUCUCUCCUACGACGGACAAAGUCCAUGCUAUCGACGCAGAGGCCGAGAGGGAUGGACUUCUGCGUACCCUUGCUACCACGGUCCCUCGCUUUCCCAGCUGGAGGGAAGCUAGACCCUACCUCAUCUCGGAGGGAGCCAAGUGGGUGGAAGGCGAGGUAGCUGGCAAGGGUACACUUGUCGUCAAGGGCUGGACGAGGGGCAAUGCUCAGUUCAGCGCUCAGCGCCUAGUUCACGUUCGGGACUUUGGGGACUUCAGACUCAAGAGGGUGCUGGACCUUGGCGAAGAAGGCAAGCCGAAGCGGAGGAAUGGAGCUGCAGCGAUGGACGUAGACAUGGCUGCCACUACCGCCGAUGGCCACGCGAUCCUCGAAGAGCGCGAUGAAGAGGAAGCCGAUGACCUGCAGAGCGAGAAUGAGGUCAGCGAAGGCGACUUUGGGGCUAAUGAGCAGACUUGGCCAACAGAAGAGGAAGUGGCAGAGGGAGAACAGAGGCAGGUGGCAAUCGAGAGGAAAGAAGCUCCGGAAGACAAGUACAAGACCAGAUGGCUCAUCGACGAGGAGCUUGACGAUGAAGAGGAGGAAAGCGAACCCGAAGCUCUAGGCGAAGAAGGGCUGCCUGAUAUGGAUGAUGACUUCCCCGUAGCUGGACCUUCACGAGGCGCCCUCAAUGGACUGAGCGCACCUUCGGAGGCGGGCUUGGACGACGAGGACUUCGGCUAUGACGAUGACGGCGCUUCAGAUGAUGACGCCGCCAUGUUCGAAGAGUCUCAGCAACGUCAGGAGCGUAGCAAGCGGGCGGCAGAAGACCUGCAGUUCCCCGAUGAGGUCGAUACGCCCCUAUACACUCCCGCAAGACAGCGCUUUGCUCGCUACCGUGGCUUGGCCUCGCUGAGGUCGUCCACGUGGGACGCUUACGAGGAGCUACCGCCCGAGUACUCUCGAAUCUUCCAAUUUGAAGACUGGGACCGUGUCAAGAGAGCUGUCGAGGGAAGAGCGCGCAUUGAAGGUGUCCCCAGUGGUCAUCUCGUAGGCCUAGAGCUGGAAGACGUACCUAUUGAAAUGGCGAGGAAAUUCGGAGCACUGGAGCGUAGCACUCGCUUGCUGCCCAUGACGGUGUGGGGUCUGCUGCGCCAUGAGCACAAGAAGACGGUGAUGAACUUGAGUAUCAUCAGGAAUACCGAGUACACAGAGACUGUGAAGAGCAAGGACCCCGUCCUCCUCUUGAUGGGCCCACGCUUGCUCCGCGUCAAUCCGAUCUACUCGGAACACUCUCUUGCCUCGUCCUCCUCGCUGCGCCCGAGUGGAGAAGACGGCUCAGUCAACGUUCACCCACACAAGUUCUUCCGCUUCCUCCCUCCUCCGACUCCCGCUCCGAGCGUAGCGACCAUCUAUGCCCCGAUUACCUUUGGCUCCCCCUCUGCUACAUUCUUACAACCUCGUAGCUGGGGUGGGGACGACCCAAACGGCGAGCGCGGCUAUGACGAGCGUGGAGUCGGAGCUACACAGUACCCCUCACUGAUUGGGUCUGGAUCUCUCCUGAGAAAGAACGGUGGUGGACCCUUGCGAGUCAAUGUGAAGCGCGUCGUCCUCACCGGUGAGCCUUUCAAGAUCCACCGUCGCACAGCUACCAUCCGCUGGAUGUUCUUCCAGCCAGAGGAUGUGCGCUACUUCAAGCCGAUCCCGCUGCGAACAAAGUAUGGCCGAACGGGACACAUCUCGGAGCCAUUGGGCACGCACGGCAGGUACAAGGCGCACUUUGAUGGGCAGAUUGGACAGAUGGAUACGAUUAUGAUGGGACUCUACAAGCGCGUCUACCCAAGGUAUACCACUGAGCAAUACACUGCCGGCGGAGAGGAGCUGCCAGUCAAGUUCGUGGAAGGUACAGAGGGAAAGAGCGUAGAGAGUGGUAUCGGAGGAGACCGAGAGGUUGAGAUGGAAGUCUGAAAAGUGCGGAAAUCCAAUGUGGCCUUCGUUUUUGGUCUAUGUAUGUGGUUACAAUCUAUAUUCAUCAGAAUCACCUGUCGGCUCAUGAGCGCCCGUACCGUCUGACGCUCUUCGGAAAUCUCGCCAAUAGCCUUUCACUCCCUUCUUCAGGCCUUUUGAACCUCCUCGAUGGUCCUGAUAAAGGCUGCAGGGUCGUGAGCAAAGCGACCAAGGAAUAGUCCAUCGACUCCGUCCUUGAUCUUCUCGUAGGUGCCAGGUCCAGCGCUUCCUCCAUACAAGAUCGUGAGAUCGUCUCCUGUCCAACCCACCUCCUUUGCGCACUUUUGCCUCAGUAGUUGAGUCACAGCAACCACGUGCGAAGGUGUGGCGGGUUGACUUGCUCCAAUAGCCCAGACGGGUUCGUAUGCGAGAAUGACCGGCGAGCCCUUGGGAAUGCUGGCAAAGACGGCGUGCACCUGCUCCCAGCACUCUUCCACCGCC